AUGACUGACUCAAAGUAUUUUACCACAACAAAAAAGGGUGAAAUGUUUGAACUGAAAUCUGAACUUAACAAUGAUAAGAAAGAGAAGAAGCGGGAAGCUGUUAAAAUUAUUGCUUCAAUGACAGUAGGAAAAGAUGUUUCUGCUUUAUUUCCUGAUGUCGUUAAUUGUAUGCAGACUGACAAUCUCGAACUGAAGAAACUAGUGUAUUUAUAUUUGAUGAACUACGCGAAGAGUCAGCCUGACAUGGCAAUAAUGGCAGUAAACACUUUUGUAAAGGAUUGUGAAGAUCCAAAUCGUUUAAUCCGUGCCCUGGCUAUUCGAACAAUGGGCUGCACUAGAGUUGACAAAAUAACUGAAUAUCUUUGUGAGCCUUUGCGUAAGUGCCUCAAAGAUGAAGAUCCGUAUGUUAGAAAAACAGCUGCUGUGUGUGUUGCCAAACUGUAUGAUAUCAAUGCCCAGUUGGUUGAAGACCAGGGAUUUCUUGAUCAGCUGAAAGAUCUUCUUUCUGACUCCAAUCCUAUGGUGGUUGCUAAUGCUGUGGCUGCUCUCUCUGAAAUAAAUGAAGCAAGUGCAAGUGGCUCUCCACUCACUGAAAUGAAUGCACAGACCAUAAACAAACUAUUAACAGCUCUUAAUGAAUGUACAGAGUGGGGCCAAGUCUUCAUUCUAGAUUCUCUUGCAAAUUACAGUCCAAAGGAUGAUAGGGAAGCCCAAAGCAUCUGUGAGCGGAUCACUCCUCGUUUGGCCCAUGCAAAUGCUGCAGUUGUCUUGUCUGCAGUGAAGGUAUUAAUGAAAUUUAUGGAGAUGCUUCCAUCAGAUUCUGAUUUUGUGUCAACACUCACAAAGAAGCUAGCUCCUCCACUGGUGACACUGCUUUCUUCGGAACCAGAGGUCCAGUAUGUUGCACUUAGAAAUAUCAACCUCAUUGUACAGAAACGUCCUGAUAUAUUAAAACAUGAAAUUAAAGUGUUCUUUGUGAAGUACAAUGACCCAACAUAA